AUGGAGCUGGCGGCGGCGCGGCGUGCGGUGUUGGCCGCCGUGCGGGGCACGUGCGCCGCCGACCUGCCCCGCCUGCUGCAUUGGAUGCGUCACAGCAGUGACUUUGAUGAGUUUGUGAUGACGAACAAUGAUGUUGUACUCAAAAAUAUCGCUGAAGAUUUGCGGAAUCAUUUACCCAUUGAGGCAAUGUUUAAUUCAGAACAUCUAGCUAUCCAGAAAAUACAUCAGCAUCCACUGCCCAUGGUUCAUGUUGAUGCAUUCCUUUAUGAUGAUGACUUUCUUGAUACAAUGUGUGAGGAGGGGAGAAUGAGUAGGAACUACUGCACAGAGUGUGGCUCAUACAAGACUGCAUCUUUAGAAUUUAUUUCGCAUUCCUUUUCCCUCAUGGAACUGAAGUUUCUUUAUCAACAUGUACUGCCUGACCUGACAGGAAAGGUAGUGGUUGACGUUGGCUCCAGGCUUGGUGCAGUGCUAUUUGCGGGUUAUCUUUAUAGCUCAGCUUCUCAACUGUAUGGAGUAGAAAUGAAUGCAGACUUUUGCCAGUUGCAAGAAAUGACAAUUACAAAAUACCAGUUCAUUGACAGAAUAAAGGUGGUUCACGCAGACAUCUGUACUCAGGCUUCACUUCUUCAGAAGGCUGAUGUUGUUGUAAUGAAUAAUGUCUUUGAAUAUUUUCUUGACAGACUGGAACAGGCCAAAGCUUGGGAGUUUAUUGCUCGUAACGUAAAGAAAAGAGGGUCCUUGUUAGUUACAGUUCCAAGCCUUAAAGAAUCGCUUUCAAAGCUCCAGACGGAUAUACAGCUUGGCCUAUGGGUAGAGGAGGUGCAGCUAAACUAUGACGUAUAUGUGGAAAAGGAUGCUGACAGAGAAGCACUUGAACAAAUACAUUUAUACAGCAUUCUGUAGUACUUGGAAAAACUUAUUAAUGUCCUUGCAAUAUCGUAUAUUUUGAGUCUAAAAUGAAUUCUGGUUUAUAUGUAUGAAUAAAUUGAGUCACGGUUGUUAUUGCGGUUUUUAAUGUAAGAGUCUUUCUUUUGAAACAAGAUUCCUUGUGGAAGCAUUUUGUCUGACCAAAGUAUAUUGACUUUUAAC